ACAGAGGUCUCUUUCUCAGUUGUCAAACACCCUAAAUACCGUUUUUGCUUCAUUAAGGUGGCGUUUACUUGAUCUAUUCGACAACCCUCAAUUUGUUAUUGUUUUUUGGUGUAAUGUUUCCUUCUAUUACACUAUAAUGAAAAUUUUUGGGUUUAUCCUCAAUAUGAAAUCUGUUUCAAUUAAUCCUGCAAAGGUUGUUUCUGCAGAAUGAUUAAAUAAGCAACUGUUUCCAUUGAUAAGGCAACUUUUAAAGACUUAUCUUGAAAAUUGGAAUGUUCUCUAAUGGAUAUUAUGUAUAUUGCUUUCAUUUUGAUAGUAAUAAUAAUUCAGUCUUCCUGUGAAAAAUAUGAUGGUCAUUGUGGCUUUUAUUAUGGAAAAAUUUGUAAGAAAUACAUUGAUGACCUUAAAAUGGUCUAUUACAACACCUCUAUGUACAACGAAGAGAUUACAGUUGGACUUUGGGAUGAAAUGAUCAUAACAUUCAAGGAACCAUGCCGUAGUGCGGCAGAGGUCUUCAUUUGUGCAUAUGCAUUCCCGGAAUGUGGUAUUUCAGGACCACUUCCAUUAUGUUACGAAGACUGCAUUGCUGUAAAGCAAUUAUUUUGUUACAAAGAGUGGGCUAUUAUCGAGGACAAAAAGGAGAAAGGGGUAUUUUUCCAGUCCAGAGGACAUUUCAGAUUACCAGACUGCCAAAAAUUGCCAAAGUAUAAAGUGAUCAACGAUACCAAAACAUGUGCUUAUACAGGUCUUACUGAAAUGAAGAAAAAUGAAGUCACACAUGAUUGUAUUAAAGGAAGAGGUCGUUUUUAUCAAGGAAAAGUUAAUAUAACGGAGAAAGGAGCUUUUUGCCAAAGAUGGGAUUCACAAUUUCCCCAUAAUCAUGAUUCUCCACCAAAUGUUUUUCCAGAAAUGGAAAAUGCUGAAAAUUAUUGCAGAAACGCAGGUGGUGAAGAAGUAAGGCCAUGGUGUUACACUUCUAACCAUUCACGGAGAUGGGAAUAUUGUGAUAUUCCAAGAUGUCCAAAUUCUGGUCUUAUUGAAAAAGAGGAGAUAAGCAUUACAAUGGAUGACCUAACACCAACAAAACUAAUCUUAAUAUCUGUCGGUGGCUUGUUAGUUAUACUUAUUAUAAUGCUUAUGGUUCUACUGUGCCAUUGUAUGCAUAAACGGUUUCUUGGUUAUAAUCCAGCGGUGGCAACUGAAGUUGAUAUCGAUCUUAAUAAGUUGCCCAGCAACAUGGCUUAUCACAGGCAUGGGACUACCUUGAAUCCUAAACUAGAAAGACUUGAAUUUCCACGCAACGAUAUUAUAUACAUAAGAGAUCUGGGCCAAGGUGCUUUCGGAAGAGUAUUCCAAGCUAAAGCACCUGGAUUGGUUAAUGGUGAAGACUUCACAAUAGUAGCAGUGAAAAUGUUGAAGGAUGAUGCAUCUGAAGAUAUGCAAGAUGAUUUUGAAAAAGAAGCUUGCCUAUUGGCUGAAUUUGACCAUCCAAAUAUAGUAAAGCUUCUUGGAGUUUGUGCUAUGGGUAGACCUAUGUGUUUAUUAUUCGAAUAUAUGGGAAAAGGAGAUCUGAAUGAAUUUUUGAGGCAAUGUUCCCCUUCCAAAUACAUGGUAAGAAAUGCUGUGGAUAGCGAAUUUGAAAACAAAGAGGUAUUCAAAGAUAACCAACUAUCACACCUAGACUUACUCAAUGUUGCUCUACAAAUAGCUUCUGGUAUGGUGUACCUUUCUGAUAGAAAAUUUGUGCAUCGUGAUUUGGCAACUAGAAAUUGUUUGAUUAACGAUAAUAUGGUUGUUAAAAUUGCUGAUUUUGGAUUGUCUCAAAAAAUUUACUUACAGGAUUACUAUAAGGGCAGCGAAAGAGAUGCAAUCCCAGUGAGGUGGAUGCCGUUAGAAAGUAUUUUGUAUAACAAGUACACACCUGAGUCUGAUGUAUGGGCAUUCGGAGUAUGUUUGUGGGAAAUUUUCUCUUUUGCAUUACAGCCUUAUUUCGGAAUGACACACGAAGAGGUAGUGAAAUUCUUGAAGGCUGGAGAGGUUCUGUUGAGUCCUGAAAACACUCCUGCUCCAAUUUACGAUGUUAUGAAGCAAUGCUGGGCCCAAAAACCUUCCGAGAGACCCAGUUUCAGAGCUAUACAUCAGUCUUUGACUACCAUUCACACAAACAUGUUGUCCCAACCAAUAAUGACAUAAAAUAUUUUUUUGUGAUAUAUAUUAUAUACAUACCGUUUUUUAUGUGAGUGAAUGAAAGUAUGGGUGAAUUGUAUUGAUUUUUUUCUAUAUGUGACUGAAUAAACUUCUAAAAAUUCAAA